AUGGAGGCGUUUGACGGCGCCAUCGGCAUCGACCUCGGCACGACGUACUCGUGCGUCGCGGUCUUCCGCAACGACGCGGUCGAAGUUGUCCCGAACGAUCAGGGCAACCGCACGACGCCGUCAUGCGUGGCGUUCCACAACGGGGAGGUGCUGGUGGGCGACAGCGCGAAGCAGUUGGCCUCCCGCGGGGUCACGGGCGUUGUCUUCGACGCGAAGCGCAUGAUUGGGCGGAAGUUCAGCGAGAAAAGCGUCCGCGACGACGUGAAGCGGUGGCCGUUUGCUCUCGAGGAGGGCGAGGACGGCGGGGUGUUGAUCUGCGUCGACCACAACGGCGAAAGGCUGCGCCUGGAGCCGGAGUUGAUCUCCGCGCGGGUGCUCGCGUACCUCAAGAGGUGCGCCGAGCAGUUUCUGGGGAGGCGCGUGACGAAGGCCGUCAUCACGGUGCCGGCGUACUUCAACGACGCACAGCGGGAGCGCACGAAGGCCGCCGCACGCAUUGCGGAGUUGGAGGUGCUGCGGAUCAUCAACGAGCCGACGGCGGCGGCGCUGUGCUACGGCCUCGGACUUGGCUCCGGCGCCGGGGCGCAGGGCACGGAUCGCGCGGUGAACGUGCUCGUCUUUGACUUUGGCGGCGGCACCUUCGACGUGUCCAUCAUCACCAUCGACGACGGCUCCUUCGCGGUGCGGGCCACGGCGGGCGACACACACCUCGGCGGGCAGGACGUGGACGCGGAGCUGCUGCGGCACCUCCUGGAGGACCUGCGGCAGCGCCACGGCGUGGAUGCCGCCACGCAGCCGCGGAUGCUGGCGAAACUCUUGGCGCGGUGCGAGCAGGCGAAGCGCGUCCUGUCGCACGCGACGACGGAGGAGAUUGUCGUGGACGGCGUCCUGGGGGGCGGGGAGGAGUACACCCUGGCCCUGUCCCGGGCGAAGCUGGAGGAGCUGUGUGCCAGGGUCUUCGCCCGCUGCAUGGCCGUCGUACAGAAGGCGAUGAAGGAUGCCGCGAUGUCGCCGGAAGACAUUGAGGAGGUCGUACUUGUCGGCGGCUCCUCCCGCAUCCCGGCGCUGCGCACGAGGCUGCAGGAGGCAUUUAAAGGGAAGCGCCUCUGCGGCUCCGUCCACCCCGACGAGGCGGUGGCGAUUGGCGCCGCCGUGCAGGCGAGCAUCAUCGGCACCGCGGCGGAGCAGCAGUCGGCGCGGACGGCCAAUGUCGUGCUGAUGGACGUUGUGCCCCUCUCCAUCGGCGUCGAGGUGGACGACGGCAGGUUCGACGUCAUCAUUCGCCGCAACACCACCAUACCCUACCGCGCGACGAAGGAGUACAGCACCGUGGAGGACAACCAGGAGGAGGUGGAGGUGCAGGUCUUCGAGGGCGAGCGGCCGCUGACGCGCCACAACCACAAACUCGGCGCCUUCGUCCUGGACGGCAUUUCCCGCGCCAAGAAGGGCGAGCCCACCAUCACGGUGACCUUCAGCGUGGACGCGGAUGGCAUUCUCACUGUCACCGCCUCGGAGGAGCUUGCGCGGGUGCAGAGGACGCUCGUGGUCGCGGCCAGCGAGCGCCUCAGCGAGGCGGCGGUGCAGCGGAUGAUCGAGGCGGCGCAGGCGCUCUCGGUGAAGGACGCGGCGGCGGUGGCCAUCAUGGACGCAACGCAGCGGCUCACGCGUGGCUUUGCGGAGCUUGAGGCGGCGCUGGCCGCGAUGCCGCUCCCCCUCUCGGCGAAGUUGCAGCGGCGGGUGGCGUUUCUCGGGCACGGCAAAGAUUGGCUUGCGAGGCAGCUGCCGACGUACACGGAGCCGAAGGUGGUGGAGCACAAGACGGCGAAGAUCAUGAAGCUUCUGCAGAAGGCCAUGAAGACACUCCGGCGCGAGUCUCGCAAAGGCACCGACGAAGAACAUGGCAGCGAAGACAACGACGACGGCGGCGGCGGCGGCGACGACGACGACGACGACGACGACGGCGGCGGUGCAUCCGCUGCUGCUGCCGAUGGGGGCGCGGGUGAAGGGGGAAGCGGCGGCGGUGGGCCGCAUCCACGCGAGGCCCUCGCCGGGAGCAAGCGCUCACGCAGCAAUUCAGCCAAUAAAGAGGGCUAA